AUGACAAUCGCAGCUCAUGAUGGCAAAUCUAAUAUGUCAUUUGUAUUGAACGAGGCAGAAAUGAAGUUGUGGCAAGAUAAAGAAAAAGGUGCCCGGUUCUAUUUAUAUUGCGGGAAGAUAACUGAUAAAAGAGCAUUAAGUUCCAAUGAUGUAUAUCUUGAGUUCCCUCAAGCUAUGAGAUUAACUGUGAAUGACCAUAUAUAUAAACAUAGUCUUAAUGGUAUAAAGGGUAAAAAGGGUACAGGAAGAGCAGCAGAUAUAACUGAUUACCUUCAACCUAGUCCUUAUUUAAAUAAGGUUUCUUUGUUAUAUCAAGGUACUCAAGAUUCUUAUUUAAUGUACCUUUACAUUGUGGAUGUGAUUCUGCCUUUGGAAUUAUUGGAAAUUAUUCAACAAAAGCAUAGUCAUAUUUCAUAUAAUGCCACUGUUGAAAAAAUAAAACAACAGUUUGCAGUUGAUGAUGAUGAUGAUAUUGCAAUUUCCAACUUAAACGUCAGUCUAAGAGACUCAUUAACCUUAGCAAAGAUAAGAUGUCCGGUGAGAUCCAUUUUCUGUUCACAUAUUGAUUGUUUUGAUGGCUUAUCAUUUUUAGAAUCUCAAUCCCAGAUUCCAACUUGGUCAUGUCCAUUAUGUCUGGCUCAAAUUAAGUUCCAGGAUUUGAGUGUAUCUGACUACUUUGUUGAGGUUCUUAAAGAAACAUCUGAUAAUGAUGGCCAAAUAUCAAUAUUUGAUGAUGGUACUUGGAAAUCUGAUAACGUGGAAGAUAUGGAAGGGAGCUCAAAAAAAAAGUCAAAUGAAAACCAAAAACCAAAGGCUUCUUCAUCAGCUCCUGUGGAAGCAGAUAUAAUCAUUUUGGACUCUGGUGAUGAUGAUGACGAGGAGGAAUAUGAAGAUAAGACUGAAGGUGAAGCUGAAAUUCACCGAACUCCAAAAAUUCAAAAACUAAGUGAAGAUGAAGAUGAACAAGAGACCAAUCUCAUUCCCAAAGGAGAAAGGGAUCAAGACACCAAUGUCUCAUCUUUGAGUAGUCCGAAUUCUCCCGAUGCUCCUACAGUAGCACCAACAGAGGGCAUUGAUGUUGAUAACACUGGGGCGCAAUCGAAUACACUGUCACCCCACAUUAGCCCAAUAUCUAAUUUGUCACCUUCGUCUCCUCAAAGGCUAUUAAAUGGUAUUGAAUGCAAUGAGACAUCCACUGUGCCCAAUAAUACUCUGGGCAAUGCGCGUUCCAACAGUGUCACUCCCCAAUCGCCAGAAGUUACAACAACAGCAGAGCUAUCUUCUUUGCGUCAGGGUACUGUUUUUGCAAAUAUGCAUCAGCAUCCAAAUUUACUGGUACGUCCUGAUAUGGAUACCAGUGAUUUGGAGAACGAGGAUAUACCAUUAUCAGAGCUUCCAAGGAGAUCCAGUAGUUCUUCUAAUGGUAACAAAUCAACAAGUGAAAACGGUUCACUGAAGCUCGAAAAUUGGCAACAUAACCCAAAUCUGAAUUCAAAUAAUGGCCAACGGUUACCUAUGCCAGCUGCUUCGAAUCUCAAUAGAAGCGCAUCUGUGUCUCGACCAGAAUUGAAUCAAACAAACCUACAAACCAAACAACUGAUGUCAGCUGUAACACCAAGUCAACCAAACUCACAUGCAACAAUUCCUGAUUCACAGCCUGAACUAAGCCAACAAAACUUACAUCUGAUGCAAUCUAUCCCAGUACCAAGCUCACUAUUUCCAAGCAACGACUUAACGAAUAAUUCUAAAUUUAGUCAUUCUCCACAAUCAGCUACCCUGCAACCUAAUACGCCACAAUUAGGACAAACAUAUCCCAAUGCAUAUUCAUUUCGAAUGUAUCCUAGAUCAUCACAAUCUGGACAUUUACGCCUCAAUAUGAUACAAUCCAGUCAACAACACCCCAAUGCUUCACAAUUAGGUCAGCAACAUUUCAAUAAUCAGCAUCCAGGACAAACACACCCCAAUAAUCAACAUAUAGGACAAAUACAGUCUAGUGCUUUACAAGCAGUCCACCCCAGGUUUUCGCAAUUAGGAUUAAGACACCACAUUAAUUUACAAUCAGGACAAGUAACAGAUCAACUACUGAAUGGAAGCAGAAACACAACUCAGAGCAAUUCAAUUAGUAAGCAACAGGCAAACGUAACUUUUCCUAAUCCUAAUACAACGAGAUCACCUGCCUUGGUACAACAUCAAAGUAAUACUACCCCGCAAGGUCCAUGGAAUGGUGUCCAAACCUCACACAGUGCAUAUCAGACAUUUAUUGAUACACAAAAGAAGUUGAAUGAAUUAUACCGUCAAAAUAUUACGCAAGGGGCAUUCCAAACAUCACCUCAAAUACAUGGCACCUCAAUCCUAGAGAGAAGUCGUUCUCUGUUUGAUUCCAACCAUUCCUUACCCCAUUUGAAUGGUUCUGAUGCCAAUUCCAAUAAUCGUUCCUUACCCCAUCCUAAUUCUGGUAAUGGUGCUAUUCCCAAUUUCAACCGGUCUAUAUCGCAUCCUCCAUUAAAUGGUAAUGGUGAUGUACCCAAUUCUUACCGUACUAUGGUCCAAUCUAGUGCUGUCAGAGAUGUAACUAAGCUUUCCAAUCUUGAGCUACAAACGUUACUCAGCAAGGAGAUGGCACUUUUAGAUGAUACUCUUUUCUCUGCCAAAUCAUUAGGAAAGUUGGGGAUUUCUUUGGGGAAAGGAGAAUUAAGAGGUACACUUAUGCUUAUGAAGUUACGAAUUCUGGCCACUAUGGUUGAAAUGAAACACCGAGGUAUGGGAAUAGUUGAAUUAUCUGGGAUUAUUCUGAGUGUGAAGUUUAGAAGCUCAGCUGAAGCCAAUCGGAUACUUAUGCAAUGUUGGAAUAAUGAAGCAAGCUCCCCCAUGAAUAUUUCUAAGCCUGUUAUAUCUGGAAGCUAUCAUGUUCAAAACCCCGGUCCAACAGUCAAUAUGAAUAAUCAUAGACUGGCUUCUAUUUCAGCAUUAUCACCAACAUCAUCUUCUUCAUCACCAUGGCCUCCACAGAAUCAGAAUGGUGACAAUAGUUUUAGACCUGCUCCAAAUCCUGCAGAAACAUAUCAAAAUAGGCGACAACUGCAACAAGCAACUGCAGAAGCCCGAGAGCAAACUUCAAGGGACCAGAGCACAUCUCUUACUGAAUUACCCCCCAAUCGACCCACUAAGAGACGAGUGGAACUCUCCGAGCAUCAGGAGCAACCAUUGAGUAAACGAAUGGAAGGUGAAUCUAGUGGUGCUAAUAUUUCAGUUGAACAGAUUGAAGGAGUGGUGGUGGACCAUUCAGCCAUUGCAGGUGGUGUAUCGUCAUCUCCAUCCAUUGAGUACAUUCCUUCCUCGCCUGAGGUAGAUGAUCCAGAUGCUACUAGAUGUGCCACGUCAUCACUCAUUGAAGCAGAAAGAUUUAUUGAUGCCAGAAAAGAUUCUGAUACAGGGAAACAGCCAGAAUUUGAAAAAGCACCAUCACCACCUAGACAGGAAACCUCAUCAGUGGAGAUUGGAACCAAAGACACAAGAACUGAAGGGGGCAGAAUACUGGGAAUACUUGGGAUAGUAUUGAAUAACGAUUUGAUGGAUAUUGUUCAGGAAUAG